ACAUCACAGGAUGAUUUGAAAACAACAACCACCUCUAGACAACCAAGUGAAAAGACAAAAACACCUGACAAAACAACGGCUGCUGAACCUUCAAAAAGGCCUUCCAAAAAAACAGAGGUGAAACCACAAGAUGCCAAUAUUGUCAAAGACAUUGAGAAUAAAAAGAAAAAUAAACUUCUAGUCGCUGCAAUUGACUUUGGGACAACCUAUUCAGGAUAUGCCUGCUUAACUAAGGACGAAUUUGAAAAUAAUAAAGGUGACAACUCUAAAAUACAUUGUCCGCACUGGGAACGAGAAGCAGGCUUGAGUUACAAGGCACCUACGUCCGUUUUAUUUCGUCCUAAUAAAACCUUCCAUAGUUUUGGAUUUGAGGCGGAGAAAUAUUACCACGAAAAUUCUGAUAAUAUUGACUUCAAAGAAUGGUACUUCUAUAAACACUUUAAAAUGAAACUCUACACAGAUAAGGAUGAGUUAACACAAGAUACGAUCAUAGAAGACAGUAGGGAAGCUGGAAACAGAAUGAAAGCUGUGGAUGUUUUUGCCUCCGUCAUUAGGUACUUUAAAGAUCAUCUACUAAAGUACUUCAAAGACAGAAAUGAUGACAAGGAGUAUUUUGACAACAAUGACAUUCAUUGGGUGAUCACAGUACCGGCUAUCUGGGAUUUAAAGGCAAAGCAGUUUAUGAAAGACGCAGCAAGACAGGCAGGAAUAUCUGGUGAUCAGCUGACUUUAGCUUUGGAACCUGAAGCAGCAUCGUUGUAUUGUCGAAAAGUUCCUGUUUCAGUGGAAACAACAAAGGAUGGUGGAAAGGCUAUUGCAGCAAUGCAGAAUGGAUCACAGUACAUCGUUUUCGACCAAGGAGGUGGUACUACAGAUAUAACAGUUCAUGAAGUAACUGGUCAAAAUACACUGAAGGAAAUUCACCAGGCUUGCGGGGGUCAUUAUGGUGGAACUACAGUCAAUGCCGAAUUCUACAAAUUUUUGACGACCCUAUUAAGUGGACCGGUAAUAAAAGAGAUUCGCGAUAAUCAUCCCUCCGAAUAUUUCGAUUUUAUGACAGCUUUCGAACACAAAAAGACAUCAUUCUCCGUUGACGAGAAAUCCAUGAUAACUGUCCGGAUUCCUGUUGUCUGGAUGGAAGUGUUUAAAGACAACACAGAUGAAACUUUAGAGGAAGCUAUCUUGGAUUCGGCCUACAAAGGCAAAGUCACUAUAAACAAAGAUAAACUAAGGAUGAAAUAUGAACUUUUCCGCAAGUUUUUCGACUAUUCAAUUAACAAUGUACUGAGAGUAUUCGAAGACCUGUUUAAAAAGCCAACAAUAGCAAAUAUAAGAACAGUUUUGGCUGUUGGUGGUUAUUCCGAAUCACCUGUUCUUAUAAACGCCAUAAAAGAGAAAUUUCCAAACCUUACCAUUAUAGUUCCAAAAGACCCAGGUCUCGCUGUCCUGAAAGGCGCCGUUUUGUACGGAUUCGAACCCCAGGCAAUUACGGAAAGGGUAUCGCAAUAUACGUAUGGUGUAGCAAUGCAGAAACCGUACGACCCGGCUAUAUACGACGUUAGCAAAAUUUCAGCUGUCCGUGGACGUGGAGGUCAACCCAUGGUUGAUGAUGUUUUUGAUAAACAUAUCGAAAUUGGAAAGGUUUGUAAAAUUGGAGAAUUUGAACAGGAGCACGAUUACUACCCAUUGGUUAAAGAAACAAAAAUUGCUCAUUUUGAAUUUUAUGCAAGCGAAUUGCAAUCGCCAAAAUAUACGACUGAUCCCAAAUGCCAAAUGAUAGGAACUUUUAAAGUAGAACUUUCAAAAGCUGGCAGAAUUUUUCUUAAGCUUAAUGCUAGUGGUACAGAAAUAUUAGGAAUAGUCCGCGAGGAAGAGACGGAGAAAGAAAGUCGUGCUUACUUUAGUUUGAUGUAGUGAGAUAAAAUUCAUAGUGACAUAUAUAAUUCUACUUUGACUAACCUCAAUAGUUCGUAUACUGACCCAUUGCAGUUUGUCAUAUAAGUACCUUUGUGACACUAAAAAUAACGAAAUGGAGUACAAAUUCGAAAUCGGAACCGAAUAAUGAAUGUUGACUUAAUUGAAAUAAAAAUCUAUAAUUUAUGUACUUUAUCAUAGAAUGAUAAAAUGUUUAAACUGA